AUGUGGUCAUUACGACUUACACAGUUCCAGGAAAAACUCAACGAGGCGGUGAUGGUCAUGAAUAGAUCACUGCAGGAGAUCAACAUUGAGAACAUGAAUGUCGAGCUCGUCGCUCAGAUGUUCAAGAACUACCAGUCUAAUGUCUUGUUCCAUCUUGAGGCUACGGACAACCUGAAGCCGCCUGCAUGA